UUCAGGAGAGUGGAAAAAAAAAUCAUUAUGAGUGGGAAUUAAAUGCAUCACAAGAAUUUGCAUCAAUAAUUUCUGCUUCAGGGUAAAACAAAACGAAAGAGAGGGGAGAUCCUUCUGCGAGGGUUGUGUUGCAAAGAUACAGCUUUUGAUUAAUUUCAUCAUCAUCAUCCUCUGAAGACUACAGAUUCUCCGGGGGAGAGGAUUUUCUUUCAAAAGAGCUUUAAUUUUGGUCUUUAAAAUGUAGUUUCUUCUUUUAUGUUUGUGAGAGAGGGCGGAAAAAUAAAUGCAUUGUUUCGGCGAGGGGUUCUCUGUCUCUCUCUCUCUACAAUAGUCAAUGAAUUCUCAGAUGUUUCACAGAACUACUUCAUCAUCUCUGUAGAGGAGCCGAGACAAAGAGAUCUUGCACAACACGCUUGAAACAUCUUCCAACUCUAAGCAACAUUCUGUUUGUCUUAUUUUUUUAAGGAACUAAAUCAAAAGAGAGACAGUCCCUAUUGGGGAUUCACGUUGUUGUUAUGUAAAGAUGGUUUCCAAAGAAGAUGUUAGAUGAAUGGGAGAGAGAGCUGAAGAUUUCACCAGUCAAUGCAAAGCAUUUUCGAUGUGAAGGGGGAAAGACUUGACCUGAUUUUUGCUCUCACCAUGCCUGAGUUGGAAUUGACUCCAAAGGAGCAAUUUGAUGUUCUGACAGCUCUUUAAGAACCAGCAGGAGAGACGGAGAAACAGGGCGAAAUCCCUUGAAAUUGUUGCUUCCAGGGACUGUUCGAACUCUCACUUGGCUGCCUGGGAGAGGGGGGGAGAUGGCUGAGGAUGAGAGGGACACCAGUCCGAAGGGAGAAGGGAGAGCGCCUCUGCCCACUACUUUCAUCAAGCUGAACGACCUGGACCGAGAGGGCAGGCGGAGGGAAGUGCAGGAGCCCGGCGCUGAGUGCAAGGAGCCCGGCUCGGAGUACAGGGAGCUCCCGGAGGGAGCGGAGGGCAGCGGAACCCGGCAGGAACCGAGUGCCAGCCAGCAGCACCUGCCUUACCCUGCCCUCGCCCCCGUCGUCUUUUUCCAUCUGAAACAGACAACUCGCCCCAGGAGCUGGUGUCUUAAGCUGGUCUGUAACCCAUAUCCUUUACCCCAGCUCUCGCACACUGAACGAGAGAAGAAGAGGGGAAAAUAAAGCCUGCUGCUGGCAGACACUGGUAUGAGGAUGGGCACAGAGCUCCCCUGCUGCCCAGGAUGGUGCCAGCAGGGAAAACAAAGUACAAUUUACUUCGUCAUCGCUGUUUGUGGAAUCUUGCU